CUUAUUUGUUCUUUAUCUGGUUUGUCCUUUGCAUUGAGUGUGUGCAUUGUUCAUGUGUUUUGGGCAGGUGUGUUUGAGUUGCAAACCCGCUGAUCAUUUCAUUCUCAAAGUUCACAGGAGGUCAGUGGCUCAAAGUAAAAAAAAAAAAAUCUAUAUUUAUUUUAUAGAUCUAUCAGAAUAUACACAGACUGUUUUUUUGGUCGGUAACAGAUCAUUUAUAGAUCUAUGACUGAUGGGAGAAUACUAACGGACGCUAUUAAUGAAAUAGUACGGUAAAGAGGUACGAAGCAAAGUUUGUAUCACAGACCUGCUCUUGCUACGGGGAGGGGGGUGGUUUGGGGAAGAGGAGCUGCAUUUCCCAUAAGUCUGCCUGUAGCUCCACCCCCUCGUUGGCUGGUCGCCAGGAUCAGGCAGAGCUGAAAAGAGCGGGGGGAAAGUGACACACACACACACACAAACACACAAAGCCUAGGGAGAGAGCCUUUUUUUAAAUGAAUGAGUAAGCUAAGUGUUAUGCUGUUUUAGAUGACAGGCUAGGUUAAAAAGAUACCUGCAAGAAGAUCAGGAGCUAACGAUGGACGUUGCCGACGACGAGAUGGCAGUGAGGCAGAGGAUCUUCAACUCUACGGCUCCGUUCUCCGGUUCCCCCCGAGCCGAGCUGAAGGUGGGCUACGUGGGCUGCUCGGUGCCCGACCAGGGAGCCCAGGAGGAGGAGAGGAAGGAGGGCAAGGAGGACUACAUGGCCAUUCAUCCGUACCUCAGGCAGGUUCUAACCCAAGGGACGGCAGAGCAGGUGGGCGAGGGCCCACUGAAGAACUCCACCUUCGUCGCCCAGGCCGAGUGUGAAAGCCCGGGCUCUCAGCAGUUUAUCUCCUCCUGCUCCGACCGCUGCUUUGUCGCGACUCCCAACUGCUUCACCAGCAACGUGUCGACAGAGCAGAACCACGUCGCGUGUCCGACAACCGCCUCUGUACAGGAACACACCGUGUCCCUCCUGCUGCCCCCCUCCCGGAAGAAGACGCGGAAGAGACAGAAACGCAAGGAGAGAAAGAAAGAGGGGAAGAAAAAAGAAAGGCACCGACAGCGCAUUCCCUCUGGGGUUCCGGAGCAGGAGAGCGGCACUUCUCCGGUCCAAUUCCCGGCGGAACCAUUCGGAAUUCAGUCUCUCAUCGGGCUCAGCAUACACAACCGCUCCAGCAGCAGCAGCAGAAGCAGCUGCACGGCGAGCGACCGGACCGAGGUGCAGGACACCCAGGGCCCUCCCGUGUACAGCCACCCACAGAUCUACAGGAGAGCGUCCCUGGAAUGGAGCUCCCAGGCCUGCGACCCCCUCUCCAACCUCCCAUCCUACGGCCAGGAGAGCGACAGCGAUUCGUCCCUGAGCAGCGCGUGGGACUGCCCCCUGGCCAUGGCCGGCCUGCGGGGCAGCGUGAGCCAGGGGGACCCCUGCUUCGCGGGGCCCUUCUUCAAAGACGUGGAGAAAGAGGUGAGGGUUGAGGAAGACGAGGCGGAGGAGGAGUGGUCGUCGUUACCUGCCUCGCCCGUCGUCAACGAGGGCAUCGUCUUUUACAACGAGAACAUCAAGCCUGUGGAUUCGGAGUACCGAGAGGGCCAGGAGUACCGUUUAACGCGGUUUAUUAAGGAAGGCUCCUACGGCGAAGUGUUCAAAGCACAAGACAUCAACACCGGCUACAGAUUUGCAGCCAAAAAGAUACCCCUGAGGAGUUUCAGCAGUGAGGAGGUGGGUACGUGGAGUGCCCUCACAUCUCCCCGCGUGGUGGAGCUCUUUGGGGUGGUCCGAGAGGGGUCCUAUGUCAUCCUGCUCAUGGAACAGAAAUGUGGGUCCCUGGGCCAGCUGAUCGCAGAGCGAGGGAGGCUACCCCAGGACUUGGGUCUCCACUACCACUGGCAAGUCCUAGGAGCACUAGAGUACUUGUUGAAGAAACGCGUGGCCCAUCUCGAUAUCAAAGCCGAUAAUGUCUUGCUGUCCGAGGACGGAAAGGACACCUUCCUCUGCGACUUUGGCCAUGCAGAGAGACUUGACAGUCAAGGAUUUAGCCUCAGUGGAUUCAAAGAUAACAUGAAGGGGACAGAGACCCACAUGGCCCCUGAGAUCGUCAAAGUGGAGCCGCGAGGAGCCAAGGCCGAUGUGUGGAGCAGCGCCUGUAUGCUACUGCACAUGCUCAAUGGGUGCCAGCCCUGGACCCGAUACUACAACUGUCGCCUCUACCUCAAGAUAGCCAAUGAGCCGCCUCCUAUACGGGAGAUCCCGCCUGACUGCAGCGACCUUACCGCAGAGGUGGUGAAGGCGGGGCUUCAGAAGGACCCGGUCAAGAGGGCGUCAGCAGGUGCCUUGAAGGAAAGAACGUCCAAGGCUCUCAAAGAGUUGGGGGGCCUCAGAAGCUCAAUCAGGGGCCCCUACACAGAACCACUGCAGAUUACUCCCAGGCCCGUCUCCUGCUCCUCCCUGGAUCCCUUCCCCAGCAGUGAUGACCCUAAAGAGGGGGGAGAGGAGGAGGAGGAAGGGGGGGAGGUGGAGGAAUGCACUGGUGACGUGAUCAGCCCUGGAAGCAAAAAGAAACUUGACAACGUUGGCGACAGUGAUGAUGAUAAUCCAGAUGGUGAAGCAAGAACUGUAGCCGGAAGGGCGUCGCAGCAGAGGUUGCUGCUGUCGGGUCUGCAAUGUCACCUCCGUGAUUCACCCAACCACAAGACUGCCAGCCAUGUCAUGCCAACUCCUAUCCCGGACCACGAACUACACAAACUAGAGCGAGAUUUCUAUUUGAGCAGUCUGUCUCAGCUUCACCCUGCCGAGAUGCAGGAGCAGCUGCUGUCCUGUCUGAGCAGUGACUGCCAUUCCAACUGGGAGUCAUGGGACAAAAGGGAUUCUGGCCGUUGGUCCAUUACCCCAGGAGAUGAACUCAGCUCCGGUGUGUUCUCAUACAACAGCCAGGCAGACGGACAGGUCUUCAGCAUGGACUGGCUGGGUAACAUACAGAUUCCCCCUCCCUUCUGUUUUGAAGGGGUGGACGUGUCCAUUCAAGACUUCAACAGACGGAGCAUACGGAUCAGGGAAACCCGGCGGGUGAAGGUGGGACACAUCGCCACUGGAAUCAGUGACCAGAUCUCUGAGAGGGUUUACACCUUGGAGACAGAGGACGCCGGACCAGUCGGCCACGAUGAUGAGGUUCUACAGUGCGGGCUUCACCUGCGCUGCGUCUCGGCCCCCGACUUCAGCCCCGCCUGGAAGUGGAGGAUCAGAGACGGGUUGCUGGAGACGAGAUAGAGCCAAGCACGCACCCCACAUAUAAGCACCCCAUUACUGGCUACGAUAUGACUUGAUUGCUUUGGACUCGCCACAGACAUCUGAUUAUGUUUAUUUACGGAUGUAGUUAUUUCAUUGGAUUAUUGAAAGAAUCUGCAUCUUUCUGCUGGUUGUUCUGGUUUUUGAAUGUUCAAUUUAAAUAACGUACAAUUUGAUUGGUGGCAUUUUGUUUCUUCCUCAAACAUAUCAGUGUUGUAAUGGUUUCUUCUAAAACCAAUAUGACUUUGAAUUGCAUGAUGAAAUGUAUAGAACCACAGGGUUGUUUUAACUAUUGCUUCUCUUAGUCAUGACACUUCCUCAGUACACCAAUUUAUAAAAAACAUUAAAUGACUAUGCGUGGAUAAUACAUUUUGUGAAUUUGAUUGUCUGGCUGAAAUAAGUAAUUUGCAGUCACAACCAAAAGAAAAUAAUGAAGUCUGAUUGUGUCUAGCGGCAAAUUGACAUUCACAUGAAUGAAUCCCUAUUCUCCAUAAAUAUUAACGUUAAAUACCAAAUAUGUUGCCAUUUUACGUGUUUGAGUGGCUAGAUAAUUCACUAUCAAUUCCUAUUUUUCCCCUCAUACUCCAGUAAUCUAUGGUCUGUCCAGUACCAUUAAUUUGUCAUGCAGGACAAUAAAGCAAUUCUACCAAACUGAUAAUGCAUGGUUGUCAAGUUGAAAAAAUGAUUUUAUUGUUGUAUUACAACAUACAAUGUCACUGCGAUAAGGUUUUCAGAGGGAACAUGAAAAACGCAAUAGAAAAGGAGAACAUUUUGAAGAUAUCAAAGUGAUUUCAUAUAUAAAAAAACACCAAGGCACUGACAAACAAUGAAAAUAAAAGAAUUUGCAGGGGGGUGGCUGAACAAGCGGCAUUAAAAAUACAGUACUUUUGUUCGAAUGUAUGACUUGAGGUAAGAAUCCGUGACUUUGUCAAAAGAAAUCGGGGUAGAUUGGCUGUAAAUUGAAGUGAUGCUAUUAACAAUCGCCAAGACCUAGUACACAUUGGCACUGACUUGACGUGUGGGUCGUACCCAACUCUUCAAACUAUCCUUUCCAAAUAUGGUUUGUUAAUUAAUACUGGUAUAAUGGUCUGUAUGGUUUUGUCAGGCCAUCACAGCAUCAAAGGACUUCUUCAAAGGUCUCUAAGUGGUACAUCGAACACUGGCCAAUCACAACUGCAAAUAGUGGGGAUGGAUACGGUAUAUAUAUUUUUUUGUUUGUUUUUAUCUGUUAAAUACAGCCAUAUUAUUUCUUGUAGAAAUGGGUUUCACUGCUUCUGUAGUUCUGGGUUCUUUGCCAUUUUAUUCCUUGGUAUAUACAUGGCGAUACGUUGGUUUUGUACAAAACUAAACAAACUGCCACUGAAAUAGUGGGUCACAAUGUCUAGUGAAUACACACAGACAUGCAAGUAUCUUAUAGCCCAGCGAUAGCAUGAUACUAGAAUGUAUAUUAAAUGGGCCAAAAGAAUAAAGACAUCACAAAAAUAUAACAUGACGAAUUUUGAAAAGCUUUACAGUAUAAGAGGUCAGUGUAUCUCUGUUAUUCCUAUCGCCUGAAGUCAGAUUGAAAAAACCUAAAGAGAUAGUUUUUGUUGUGUACGCAGUCAAAUGAGUACCUCACAGUGCCUCAGACAACUGCCUUGGAUUAUCAUUAUAAACAGCCCUCCAACUACUCUUGAUAAACUGAAUGCAUCCUUCAAGAUUAAUUCUGGCACCGUCUGGCAAUUGCUAGUAGACAGUAUUGCAUUUAAGAAAGUGACCCUAUAACCCAAAGGUUUGUAUAUGUUAUAUUCCUCUUUGUGGCUUAAGGUUGAUGUUAUAUGAUGGACACAUUAAAAAAAGAGAAUGAACUCUGCGUAAUUCAUCAAAAGCAUUUGGAUGUUGCUUGAUAUAAAUUAUAGACAAUAAAAAUCAACGUACUUCUAUGCCACUUUUUUGGCAAAGCACUAUAACAGAGCAGGAUGAAUUAAACAUAG